CACAGUUGGCAAUCGUGUAGUGUGUAAUUAUCGCAUUUUGUUCUGUCACAUCGCGAGCAAUAUUUUGAAAAAAUAAUAUCAUACGAAAUAGUUGUAGGAAAAUAUUUUGCGAUAAGAGUUUGAACAAGGGGAAGAUAUCAGAGCGAGAAGAGUCGUUUAUCAUAGUUGUGAAGAUAUGACAAAUUGAAUAAAUACGCGUUUGAGUGGCUUAAAGAGAAUAAAUGAUUUGUUGACCUUUCACCUCAAUUUACCAUUCAAAAGAGGUUCUUUUGAGCUAUCAUUCAUUCACUCAAUUUGUAUAGUGUGAAAAAUGGCUCUCAAGGGUGUGAAAGUGCUUGAAUUUGUGGGAUUGGCUCCAGCGCCCUUCUGUGGCAUGAUCUUAUCGGAUUUUGGGGCAACGAUUACACGAAUUGAUAAGACACCGCAAAAUUCCUUGGACACACUGAAGAAUGGGAAGCGCAACAUUGCCCUGAACCUCAAGCACCAGGAAGGGAGGAAUAUUGUCAGGGAUCUGUGCAAGAAAUCAGAUGUUCUUAUUGAGCCAUAUCGGCCGGGAAUCAUGGAGAAACUCGGACUUGGACCGGAUAUUUUAAUGAAAGACAAUCCGAGAUUAAUCUACGCUCGACUCACGGGAUUUGGCCAAAGUGGUCCGUUGGCACAACGAGCUGGGCAUGACAUCAACUAUGUGGCCAUGUCGGGAGUUCUCUCCUUCCUGGGCCGGAAGAGCGAGAAACCAACGGCUCCAAUAAAUCUCUUGGCUGACUUUGCUGGCGGAGGACUUUUGUGCGCAUUUGGGAUCUUGGCGGCGCUUCUAGCGAGGCAAAACACAGGAAGAGGCCAAAUUGUGGACACGUCAAUGGUCGAGGGAGCUGCCUAUGUCGCCAGCUUCCUCACGCGAUCACAGACAUUGCCGAUCUGGGGAAAGGAUCGUGGCGAGAACAUGCUGGACACAGGAGCCUUCUUCUACGACACGUAUGAGACGAAGGAUGGAAAGUUCAUGUCCGUGGGAUGUCUGGAGCAUCAGUUCUUCGAGACAAUGGUGAAGACGCUGGGAUUGGAGGGAAAGUUGACGCAGUUUGACGAUAACGAGAAGGGAAGGAAGAUUCUUGAGGAGACUUUCAGAGGCAGAACUCAGAAGGAAUGGAGUGAGAUGUUUGAAAAGACUGAUUCAUGUGUAUUUCCAGUUUUGCACUGGACCGAAGCGCCAGAUCAUGCACAUAACAAAGUCAGGGGAGCUUUUGUGAAUAAAAACGACACCGAGGAAGUUAUUGUGCCAAAUCCUGCGCCUAAACUUUCCGAUACACCAGGAUUAUCUAGUGUACUUAGUGAUUCGAAGGAUGAAUGGCAGAACAUUCAGGAAAUCUUGGGCGAAAUCGAUUAUGAUGUCGAAAAGAUGAAGCUUUUAGUGGAAAAUGGUGUUGUUUUGACGACGAAAAAGGGAAAAUUGUGAAGGAAAACCUUUUAUAAAAACUUGUGAUGGGAAAUAUAUAUUUUAUCUAC